GAGUUCGGCUGGAGCUUGGACAGAAAAUCGACUCCACACAGAGUUCAGAGGUGGCAUAAAGAGGAGUCGCUCCCCCGUACUGCUCUCAUCAAGAUACCCUCACACACAUUCACAAUGGCAUCAAGACAAGCUCCCCGCGCUCUCCGCAACGCCGCAAGGCAAUUGGCUGCUGCCCCUGCCCAGAGGCGCACCUUUGUGUCUGCCAUCAACGCGGCGUCUCGCGCUGCCCCCAAGGCCGCUGUCUCGGCUCAGUUCCAGCAGACCCGUGGUAUCAAGACGAUUGACUUCGCCGGCACCAAGGAGACUGUCUACGAGCGCGCCGACUGGCCCAAGGAGAAGCUUCUUGAGUACUUCAAGAACGACACCCUCGCUCUCAUCGGCUACGGCUCGCAGGGCCACGGCCAGGGUCUCAACCUCCGCGACAACGGCCUCAACGUCAUCGUCGGUGUCCGAAAGGGCGGCGCCUCGUGGAAGGAUGCUGAGCAGGAUGGCUGGGUUCCCGGCAAGAACCUGUUCGACAUUGACGAGGCCAUUGGCAAGUCCACCAUCGUCAUGAACCUGCUCUCCGACGCCGCCCAGUCCGAGACCUGGCCCCACAUCAAGCCCCAGCUCAAGGGCAAGACCCUCUACUUCUCCCACGGCUUCUCCCCCGUCUUCAAGGACCUCACCAAGGUCGAGGUCCCCACCGACAUUGACGUCAUCCUCGUUGCCCCCAAGGGCUCCGGCCGCACAGUCCGCACUCUCUUCCGUGAGGGCCGCGGCAUCAACUCCUCCGUCGCCGUCUACCAGGACGUCACCGGCAAGGCCGAGGAGAAGGCCGUCGCGCUCGGCGUCGCCGUCGGCUCCGGCUACCUCUACAAGACCACCUUCGAGAAGGAGGUCUACUCCGACCUGUACGGCGAGCGCGGCUGCCUGAUGGGCGGCAUCCACGGCAUGUUCCUCGCGCAGUACGAAGUGCUCCGCGAGCGCGGCCACUCGCCGUCCGAGGCCUUCAACGAGACCGUCGAGGAGGCCACGCAGUCGCUGUACCCGCUGAUCGGCGCCCACGGCAUGGACUACAUGUACAACGCGUGCUCGACCACCGCGCGCCGCGGCGCGCUCGACUGGCAGAAGCGCUUCAAGGACGCGCUCAAGCCCGUCUUCAACGACCUGUACACCUCCGUCGCCGACGGCACCGAGACCAAGCGCUCGCUCGAGUACAACCUGCAGAAGGACUACCGCGAGAAGUACGCCGCCGAGCUCAAGGAGAUCGACGACCUGGAGAUCUGGCGCGCCGGCAAGGCCGUCAGGUCGCUGCGUCCCGAGAACAAAUAGACGACGCGUCCAAGAGCAUGUGUUGGGGUUCUGGAGUGUAGCAUACUGUCUCAUUAACGUUUUCAUGGCGCCUGGAAGGUCAAAAAGGCUGGAUGUGGAUGGAUUGGGAAAAUGAACGAUACCUUUUUUUUUCA